CACAAAAGCCGUUGAACUUUACGUCGGCGUAAGCGCAGCCAGCAGGGAGAAAGAGACAAGAAAGCAACAGAAACAAAGUUGUGGGACUCGCACCGCGCCGUUCACCCGUCAAAUGUGCAGAACAAGAGCUGUUGCACCGUCCGUCAAAAAGCCUGGAAGCACUUCACCUAAUUCCAUCGAUUCUACGGUUGGAUUAAUAAUCUACAAUGGCAUUACAUGGUGAUUUAGCAGAAGGAGGAGCCAAAGAAGAGUUUAACGAAAUCAUCAAGUGGAGAUCUGAUGAGCAUGACACAGUACAGAAGAAAACUUUCACCAAAUGGAUAAAUGCACAAUUCUCCAAGACUGGGAAGACGGCCAUCAAAGAUCUGUUUUCUGACCUAAGGGAUGGGAGGAAGCUGCUGGAGCUGCUGGAGGGUCUCACUAAUAAUGUCUUGGCCGGACACAUUUGAGUGGGAUCAGGUGCGCAGCAUGAGCCCCGUGGACAGACUCGAGCACGCCUUCACUUUAGCCAAAAACCAGCUCGGCAUCGAGAAGCUCCUGGAUCCUGAAGACGUGGCGGUGCAGUUGCCAGAUAAGAAGUCCAUCAUCAUGUACGUGACCUCGCUGUUCGCCGUGCUGCCGAAAGACGUGAGCAUGGAGGCAAUCAGAGAAGUGGAGACCCUGCCUCGCAAACACAAAGUGGUGGCUGAAAGCUCAGGUCCAGGGCUCAGCAUGCAGAAUGUGCAGACGGACGAGGCAGGCAGCAGCCCACGACCCGAGACCCCCAGCACCCUAACAGAAACGGAAGGGGAGAUGGAGGAAGGCUUACUGGAAGUAGAUCUCGACGGCUACCAAACGACACUGGAGGAGGUUUUGACUUGGCUGUUGUCAGCUGAGGAUGCACUACAAAUGCAAGAGGAGGUGUCAGACGAUGUGGAAGAGGUUAAAGAGCAGUUCCACACACAUGAGGCCUUCAUGAUGGAGCUGACAGCUCAUCAGAGCAGUGUGGGUAAUGUGCUGCAGGCAGGCAACCACCUGAUCGCCCAGGGCAACCUCACAAAAGAAGAAGAGGAUGAAAUUCGGGAGCAGAUGACACUCCUCAACUCUCGCUGGGAGUCCCUCAGAGUGGCCAGCAUGGACCGCCAGGCCAGGCUCCAUGAAGUUCUGAUGGAUCUUCAGCAGCAGCAGUUACAGCAGCUUUCUGAUUGGCUGACACUGACGGAGGAGCGGAUCAAAAGGAUCGAAACACAACCAGCAGCUGAAGACCUCAACACCUACAAGGAACAUGUAGAACAACACAAAGAACUCCAGAACGACCUGGAGGCGGAGCAGGUGAAGGUGAACUCUCUGACUCACAUGGUGGUGGUGGUGGAUGAGAACAGUGGCGACAGCACCACCGUUGCCCUGGAGGAACAACUGCAGUCUCUGGGUGAACGCUGGGCAGCAGUGUGUCGCUGGACAGAAGAACGGUGGCAAAAGCUGCAGGAGGUGUUUCUGGUUUGGCAGCAGCUUUUAUCAGACCAGAGUUUGUUCAGAGCGUGGUUGGAUGAAAAAGAGGAGGCCUUAAAUGAAGUUCAGACGAGCGACUUUAAAUACUCCUCUGAGUUUGAUUCAAAUGUUCGAAGACUGGCUAUUUUGAACGAGGACAUGGAGAAGAAGAGACGGAUUCUGGACAAGCUGUCUGAUGCGGGACAGGAUGUGAUGCAGCUGCUGCAAAGUUGUGAGGCGGGAGCGAAGAUCGAGGCCGACACAGAGGAGCUGACUCACAGAUGGGACGCUCUGGUUCAGAAGCUGGAGGACUGCUCGUCACAGUUAAUGGAGGCUGCUACGAACGCUGGGAUGCCUCAAGUAGGAGAACAAUCCAUCGUGGAUACGGUCGCACCGACCACUUCCUUAGUUGAACAGGAGCUGGCCGAACCUGCUCCCUGUAAGAAACGAAUGGUGGAGACAGAUGCAGAAACCAGAAGACUGUUUGAAAACAAGGUUUCUGACUUGUUCAACUGGAUGAAAACAUGGAAGACAUCUGCUCUGACGCUGGCUUCUGCACCUCCUGAAACUACACCUGACACCCCAGACCUGCAGGAGAAGCUAAAGGACCUGGAGUUGGACCUCAAAGCCAAGGAAAGCCCAGUUAGCCAGGUGAUUCAGGAGGGCCGGAGCCUGAUGGACCAGCUCGAGAGAGAGGCAGUGAACGUGGACUCAGUGAGGACUAACAUGGACCUGAUUCAGACUGAGUGGGACGUCUGCACACGGGAGCUCCAGGCCACCCGUGAUCGGGUCCACACCGAGACCCGGGUCAGAGCACUUUCUGUAGAACUCGCAGACAUGAAUCAGAUCUUGGAGAAGCAGGACCGGUGGCUGGAGACGACUUCAUCUGUUGAAAUGUCCAACGAGGUCGAGCGCAGAAAAGUGAGCGCAGAAUGUCAGUCGCGGCUCGCUCAGGUCAUGGCCCUAACUCCACGACUGGAGCAGCUGUCUGCAGAGGCAGGGACGCUGGGAGCCGUGCCCUCCCUGAAAGACCACCUGGUGGUGGUUUCUGCACAUCACGCCUCCACUCUGCAGCAGCUGCAGAGGAGGGAACAGGAAGUCAAAGAAGCUGUAGCUCGUCUCGAAGCCACUCGUGCGGCUCAGAAUGUGCUGGAGGGUCUGGAGGCCAGGCUGGCUGCUCUCAAAGACGAUGUGGUGGACGUAAACACAGCAGAGAGGGCUGUGGAGCGGGCACAGGGCCUGUGUCUGGACAUCGAGCAAACUCAACAAGCCUCUGAUCCCGUCGAGCUACAGAAAUGGAGCGAUCUCUCAUCCAGAACCCGUGAGGAGCACAGCACGCUGCAAUGCAUUCUGGGCAGCAUGAAGGACAAUCAGGUGCGUUUGGAAAAAGUGGAAUCUUGGUUGGAUGAGGUUCAGGAGCUGUUGUCUCGGGACACUGCGGGGUUGGGAGAUGCACAUAAUCUUCAAGAUGAUCUUAAUAAGUGCAAGGAGUAUGUGAACAAGAUGGAGUUUGUGGAUCGUUCGUUGAAGCAGAUGGAAGAAAAUGUAUAUGCUGUGCAGGCGGCUGCAGUUCCAGGAUUGGCCAAGUGGGGGAAGGAUAAGUUAGAAGAACUUGAAGGAAGAUUUGCUAAAUUUAGCAAACAGCUCCUGAGCUAUCAGGAACAUGUGACCGAGAGUCAAGAGAAGCAGGAGAAUCUGAAGAAGGACCUGGCUGAGAUGCAGGAGUGGAUCGCCCAAGUCGACGAAGAGUUUCUCAUGAGAGACUUUGAGUACAAAAGUCCCGAGGACUUGGAAGCAUCGCUGGAGGAGAUGAAGCGAGCGAAAGAGGAUGUGUUUCAGAAAGAGGUGAAGGUGAAGAUCCUGAAAGACAACAUCAACCUGCUGGUGUCCCAAACAGCCCGCCCCGGUGGAGGCUUCGGGCAGGAGCUGACCUCGGAGCUUGACAGGGUCCUAUCCAACUAUCACAAGCUGUGCGACCGUCUUAAGAGCAAAUGUCACACCCUGGAGGAGGUCUGGUCCUGCUGGAUGGAGCUGCUUCAGUACCUGGACUUGGAGCAGAACUGGCUCAACUCUGUGGAGGAGAAACUGCAAACCACUGAAAACCUGCCAGAGAACCCUGAGGUUGUUAAUGAGGCUCUCGAGUCUUUUGAGAGUGUGCUCCGCCACCCCAAGGACAACCGGACACAAAUCAGCGAGCUGGGUCAGACUCUGAUAGACGGGGGCAUUCUCGAUGAACUCAUUAGUGAAAAACUCGCGGCCUUCAACUCCCGCUCCGAGCAGCUCAACCAGCAGGCAGUGAACCGGCAGAUCAGCCUCGAGCAGCAGCUGCAGUCGCUGAAGGUGAACGAACAGGAGCUCCAAACCCUGCAGGAGUCCCUGACCCAGCUGGACCACACGCUCACCUCCUACCUCACUGACCGCAUAGACGCGUUUCAGCUCCCCCUGGAGGCGCAGACAAUCGGUGCAGAGAUUGCAGCCCAUGAAGUGACAAUGGAAGAGCUGAAAAGAAAAAAUGUGGUAAAUUUGCCUCCUUCCACCUCUGAAGGCAAAGCAGGUCGUGGUGGGACUAUGCUGGAUCAGCUGCAGAGGAAACUGAGAGAGAUCUCCACUAAGUACCAGCUGUUCCAGAAGCCUGCAAACUUUGAGCAACGCAUGCUGGACUGUAGAAGGGUCCUGGAAGGUGCCAAAGCUGAGCUGCAUGUUCUGGAUGCAAAAGAUCUGGAACCAGAAAAGAUCAAGUCCCAUCUCUCUGGUUGUAUGAAGUUAUAUAAGUUGCUGAGCGAGGUGAAGCUCGAGGUGGAGACGGUGAUAAAAACAGGACGUCAGAUUGUGCAGAAACAGCAGACGGAGAAUCCCAAAGCUAUGGAUGAACAGCUUACUACUCUCAAACUGCUUUACAACAACCUGGGGGCUCAGGUCACUGAGGGCAAGCAGGACCUGGAGAAAGCUCUGUCUUUGUCUCAGAAGUUCCAAAAAGAGAGCGCUGCUCUGCAGGACUGGCUGACCACGCACGAGGCCCAGCUGCAACAGAAGAUCAGCAGUGGAGACAUGACAGCUGACAUUGAUGCUGAGGUUGCAUGGGCUAACGGUCUGCUGAAGGAGACGGAUCGUCGGAAGGCGGAGCUGUCCAACCUGAUGGAGAUCAGUGCAGGUCUGCAGACUCUGGUGGAGGGCAGCGAGGCUCAGCUGGAGGACAAACUCUGUGACCUGAAUGAAGCCUGGGGCCGUGUGCGCACCUGGACUGAAGACUGGCUCAGCGCUGUUCUGAGUCACCAGAACGAGGUGGAAAUCUUGGAUGAAAACUUGGCUCACAUCAGCACCUGGCUCUACCAGACUCGGAUCCACCUGGACGAGGCCGAGCGUCUGCCUCCAGCAGAGAGAGGAAACGUGUUAAAGAGCAUGUUAGAAGAGCUGGAGGACAUGAGUCUCCGUGUGGACAACGUAAGGGACCAAGCUGUCAUCCUGAUGACCAGCAGGGGGCCCUCUUGUCGAGAGGUUGUGGAGCCCAAAUUAGCUGAGCUCAACUGCAACUUUGACAAUGUUUCCCAGCACAUAAAAACUACCCAGCUGACGACCAGUCUGGAGUUAGGAGAAGUUGAGAUGAAUCUGCAGACACAUCAGAUGGUCACCGACGGUCAGGGGAACCGAGCACAAAGUCCGACUCACCCUGUUCAAGCUGCGUUCCCAGCAGAGAUAAAGGACCUUCAGACAGAGCUGCAGAGCACGCUGAGAGCUCUGCAGCAGCAGCAGGACCCAGUAAACAUCCUGGAGGAUGACAAGAUGGAUGAGGAGACGGCCGGCAUCGAAGACAUGUUGCGAAGGGGAGAAGAACUGCUGCAGCAGACAUCAGACGAGGGCCAAAGGGAAGAGUUGAGGUUGAUGCUGCUGCGGUUGCAGAGGCAGUAUUCAGCUCGCAGGGACCGGCUAAAAGUGAGACAGUUUACAGUCUCUGGAGAGUCGUCGUCUUUUCACAGUUUCAGGGAGCAAACAGAGUUUUCAGGCGAGAUGUCUCCAGCUGUUCGCAGCAGCUCUCUGUCAGUGUCCCCCUCUGACUACGUGUUGGAUAUCAACAAAGUUCUGCUCACCAUGGCCGACAACGAGCUGCUCCUGAACUCCUCAGAGCUCAGCGGAGGCCUUUACGAAGACUUUUCUAGCCAGGAGGACACACUGAAGAAUAUCAAAGAGAGUCUGGAGCAGUUGGGUGAGCAGGUCACAGGGAUUCACGAGCGCCAGCCCGAAGCCAUCAGAGAUGCUUCCCCCGAUGAAGUGGCCCAAAUGGGAGACGCCCUCACACAACUCAACGCCGAGUGGGACCGCCUAAACCGCAUGUACAAUCAGCGCAAAGGGACUUUUGACCGUGCCAUAGAGGAGUGGGGGCGGUUUCACUGUGACUUGAAGGAUAUUUCUCAGUGGCUUACGGACACAGAGGCGCUGCUGUCUGAAAGUGUUGGUCCUGACGGACAGCUCGACCUGGAAUCUGCACGGCAGCACCAAGAGGAGUUGGAAGAAGGCCUCGCCAGUCAUCAGCCAGUUCUUGCUGGACUGACUCGCACCGGGGAGCAGAUAAUUGGAAAGCUUUCAUCUCCUGACAGGCCCCUGCUUGAGGAGAAGUUGGAUAUUCUGAGUCAGCGUUGGAGGACAGUAAACCGUCAAGUCUUGGACAGGCAACGCAGGUUAACUGGAGAGGAUCCAGCUCUGUUUGACCUGGCGAGGAGACGUGAGGAGCUGACUGUGUGGCUGGAACGGGCAGAAAAUGCUGUGAGCUUCCUGCCCGUCUCUGCCACUGACAACGACCUCAAAGAGCUCAAGGCCCUUGCUGGGGAAAUGGAUGCUCAGAACGAGCGGCUUGGUUGGCUGAACAAACACGCUCCACAGAUCUUGGCCAGUCCCAGUGUGAGCCCUCAGAGCAGAGAUCAGCAUGUUGGCAAACUGAGAACCAUCAACCUCAAGUGGAGCAAGGUAACUCAUGAGUUGCUGGACAAAGUAGGGGAGGUGGAGACCAAUCUGCCAAGUCACGCUCUGUUCCAGGACAGGAUGAACAAGCUGACGGACUGGGUCGUCGACACAAACCAGACAAUCAUGACCCGAGGCCUGAAUUCUUGCCAAGCAUUGGCUCUGGAGGCCUCUAUGAAAGACAGGAAGAAGGACCUGGAGGACCUGUUGGCUCAUUCUAUAGAGCUGCAGAAACGACAGCAGCUGUUGCCUCAGGAAAAGGGGAAGGUAGAGCAGCUGGCUACUGACUGGAAAGUCCUGGAUGGCCGACUGAAGGAGUCUCUUCAGGCACCUGUCUCUCCAUGGACACAUCACCAGCAUGUCCAACACCAGCAGCUGUUGUCUGCGGUGCCCUCCGCCAUCCAGAUGGCCAGCAUGGCGAGUGAGAACCCCCACCACCGAACCCCUCACUCACCCGACUCCGUGGCGCCCACUGACCUCAACCAAACCGCCACCGAACUAAAUGACUGGCUUCUCCUGAUCACCCAAAUGCUCAAGUCUAAUAUCGUCACUGUGGGGGACACGAAGGAGAUCAGGACGACUAUGGGACGUCUUCAGGUGACAAAGACUGACCUGGAGCAGCGUCAUUCUCAGCUGGAGGACAUUUUCACCUUGGCACAGAACAUUAAAAACAAAACCUCUAACCUUGACGUCCGCACAUCCAUCACUGAGAAAUUGGAGAAAGUACGCAGCCAGUGGGACAGCACUCAGCACGGUGUUGAAGCUCGACUCCAGCAGCUGGAUAAUAUGAUUGUCCACAGCGACCAGUGGGAGGAGAAGAGGAAGGAGGUGAAGGCCCUUAUUGCAAACAACGAAGGACAUCUCCACAACCUGCUGCAGCAUCCUAGCGAUCCCCUGACAAAGCAGCUUGAAGACUGCAAGGAGGUUUUCCAAACUCUGGGUCGAGACCAGGUCACGGUUACAGCCUUCACUGAGCUGUCCAAUCACCUUUUACGAGAAUAUUCUUCAGAUGACACCAGGAGGAUCAAAGAGGUCACAGAGACGCACAUUGCUGCCUGGAACAGCAUCAACUGCAGGGUGAAUGAUCGUCGCAACCAGCUGGAUGGUGAGCUGAAGGGAGUCCAGGUGUCUCUCAGGGAGCUGGAGUCUUUCCUCAGAUGGCUCCAGGAGGCAGAGACGACAGUCACUGUCCUGUCUGACGCCUCUCAAAAGGAAAAUCUGUCUCAAGACUCCGCCCAUAUGAAGGAGCUGAGAAAACAACUGGAGGAUAUUCAGGCGGAGAUUGACGCCCACAAUGACAUCUACAAGAGCGUGGACGGAAACAAGUCGAAGAUGGUCAAAGCGUUGGGCAACUCAGAGGAAGCUGUGCUCCUCCAACACAGACUGGAUGACAUGAACCAACGCUGGAGCGACCUGAAAGCCAAAUCAGCCAACAUUCGAGCUCAUUUGGAGGCGAGUGCUGAGCGCUGGUCACGCCUCCUGGGCCUCCUGGAGGAGCUGUGGCGGUGGAUCUGCGCGAAGGACGAGGAGCUGGCCAAGCAGAUGCCCAUCGGGGGGGAUGUGCCCACUUUACUACAGCAGCAGAACCACUGCGCGGCACUGAGCUCCGAACUGAAGGAACGUGAGCAUUUGAUGAUCAGCACCUUAGACCAGGCCAGGAUGUUUCUCGCCGACCAACCCAUUGAGGGUCCUGGAGAGCCACGGAAGAACCUGCAGCCAAAGACGGGAGAUCUCACCCCGGAGGAGAAGGCUCGAGCGUUGGCCCGGGCCAUCCGCAAACAGACUGGUGAGGUGAAUGAGCGGUGGGAGCGCUUGAGGGGUCACGUGGGUGGCUGGCAGAGCCAGGUGGAGCGGGCUUUAGAGCGACUCCAGGACCUGCAGAGCUCCAUGGACCAUCUCGACCUGCAGCUGACGCGGGCAGAGGAGGUCAAAGCUUCCUGGCAGCCGGUCGGUGAUCUGCUGAUCGACUCUCUCCAGGACCACAUCGACAAAACAACAGCCUUCAGGGAGGAGAUCACCCCUCUCUGUCGAGACGUUCGUGUCGUCAACGAGCUCGCUGCUGAGCUCACACCGCUGGACAUCCAGCUGUCGUCCACCGCCUCCAGACAACUGGACCAACUCAACUUGAGGUGGAAGAGCCUGCAGGAAGCAGUUGAGGACAGACUCAAACUUCUUCGGGAAGCGCACAGAGACUUCGGUCCCUCCUCCCAACAUUUCCUCUCCACUUCUGUACAGCUCCCCUGGCAACGUGCAGUUUCUCAGAAUAAAGUUCCCUAUUACAUCAAUCAUCAGACACAGACGACCUGUUGGGAUCAUCCAAAGAUGACAGAACUCUAUCAGUCAUUAGUGGACUUGAAUAACGUGAGGUUCUCUGCAUACCGAACAGCCAUGAAGAUACGCAGACUACAAAAGGCAUUGUGCUUGGACCUGCUGGAUCUGAGUGUUGCCCAGAGCACCUUCGAGCAGCACAAACUCACCAACAACAAUCACCUCCUUUCCGUCCCCGACGUCAUCAACUGCCUGACGUCCAUCUACGACGGGCUGGAACAGGAGCACAAAGACCUGGUCAACGUCCCCCUCUGCGUUGACAUGUGUCUCAACUGGCUGCUCAACGUUUACGACACUGGUCGCAGCGGGAAGAUCCGCGUCCUGUCCAUGAAGAUCGGCUUGCUCUCGCUCUCCAAGGGCCACUUAGAAGAAAAAUACAAAUAUCUCUUCAGACAGGUGGCAUCAGCAGGUGACACGUGCGACCAGAGACAGCUCGGUCUGCUACUGCACGAAGCCAUCCAGAUCCCGAGGCAGCUGGGGGAGGUGGCCGCAUUCGGAGGUUCCAACAUUGAACCCAGCGUUCGCAGCUGCUUCCAGCACGUGAACAAUAAGGUGGAGAUAGAGCCUCGGCAGUUUGUCGACUGGAUGCAUCUGGAGCCUCAGUCUAUGGUUUGGCUUCCUGUCCUGCACAGAGUGGCCGCUGCAGAGACGGCAAAACAUCAGGCCAAGUGUAACAUCUGCAAGGAGUGUCCUAUAGUGGGUUUCAGGUAUCGCAGUCUGAAGCACUUCAACUAUGAUGUCUGUCAGAGCUGCUUCUUUUCCGGGCGCACUGCCAAGGGCCACAAACUCAACUACCCCAUGGUGGAGUACUGCACACCGACAACAUCAGGUGAAGACGUGAGAGAUUUCACCAAAGUGCUGAAGAACAAAUUCCGAUCUAAGAAAUACUUUGCCAAACACCAACGUCUGGGCUACCUGCCCGUUCAGACUGUUUUAGAGGGCGACAACAUGGAAACUCCCGUCACCCUCAUCAGCAUGUGUCCGGAGGAGUACGAGCUGUCCCAGACACCUCAGACCUCUCAUGAUGACACCCACUCCAGGAUAGAGCAGUAUGCCAGCAGGUUGGCUCAGAUGGAGCGCUCCAACGGAUCUCUGCCCACUGACAGCAGCUCAGCCACAGGAAGCAUGGAUGACGAGCACGCCCUGAUUAUUCAGUACUGCCAGACGCUGGGAGGAGAGAGCUCCCCAUGCAGCCAGCCCCAGAGUCCUACUCAGAUACUACAGGCUGUGGAGAGGGAGGAGCGAGGCGAGUUGGAGCGCAUCAUUGCUCGUCUCGAGGAGGAGCAGAGGAUGCUGCAGAGGGAGUAUGAGCAGCUGAAGGAGCAGCAUGGUCAGAGAGGGGGCCCUGCUGGAAGCCCAUGGGAGUCGGAGAGCCCCUCUGCUCACCCCAACGAGGCUGAUCUCCUAGCUGAAGCCAAGCUGCUGCGGCAGCACAAAGGCCGACUGGAGGCCCGCAUGCACAUCCUGGAGGAACACAACAAGCAGCUGGAGUCGCAGCUUCACCGCCUUCGACAGCUUCUGCACCAGCCGGAGGUGGACCCGAGGGUAAACGGAGCGUCCUCUCCCACUGUACAAGACAGAGGACCGCUUAAUGAAUACUCAGAUGAGCUGCUGGACCCUCACAACAGCAGCUCUGACCUGGCAGCUGUAAUGGAGCAGAUUAACAACUCCUUCCCUGCAUGCAGUCCCUCAAGCCUCUCGUCGAGACCACAGGUGAUGUAAGGACCAGUAUCAGAUGAUGGAUUGUGUUUGCACACGUAAAAUGCACCGCCCUUCCCAAACAACAAGAAUCUGUCCUGAAAUCCCAAAGACGCACAGGAGUAAAAAAAAAAAACGGAACAGAUUUCACCACCUUGUCUCGUACUAUGCAACUGUAGAUGUCCGUUUUUGUUUCCUUUAGAUUUCCAGACGUGCGGUUAAAAUAUGGUUUCAAAUGAAUCGUUUUUGACUUCUGCCUUCAAAUGAAAAUCAAACGUUACAAUUUUUAUCAUUCCACUGCUAUCAUCUGUUUUUGAGCAUUAUUUGACAAACGUUCGAGCAUUUAGGGAGUGGGACACAGUUUGUAAAAAAAAAAUUAAAAUAAAAAAACAAGAGAGUUUAGAAAUUGUACAGUCACUUUUGAAAUCUGUCCUGUAGCAUGCUUGAUGUCAGGUUCCCCUUUAAAGCAUCAAACUUUAACCCCUUCUGUGCCUAAAACAGUCCAUUCCAACAGUGGAAGAUGAAGAAGACAGCAGAUGAAUUAAAUCGAGAUUGUGUGUAAAGAUUAUAUAGAUUUAAAACUGAAUUUGUCCUGGUUUGUAAGAGGCCCGUCAUCCUUGUGUAGAGAAGAUUAGUUUUUUCAAGGUAUUUGUUGAGAAAUCAGAGUAAAGCCAUGAUUGCCUUGCUACCUCAGACUCAUAGACACGGUUUAGGUUUAUUAGUUGUGAUCAUUGACAGUCCGGUUUAGCAUUUGCAGCUGUAGCUUACUGUAUUCGUGCACACUGCAAUGAGGAGUUACCAAGUGAAGAAACUUUAACACAGUUGGCCUGCUGAAGCUAUUCUCCCACCACGAGCGUCACUUCGUUCGUCGUUUGUUUUUUUCCCACUGGCCUUUCGAGCACUGGUCCCUCACUGUGUCGUCAUUGUGCUUUUUACGCUGUCCUGUAAAACCCGUGAGACUGAGCAACACUACGAUAACCUCCAGCUGUAGCGUAAUGAUGUGGAUGAUUUUAACAGUUACACUCAUGGUGAACCUUUAACCGUGGCAGAACUGUGUCGCUUCUCCUGAGGUAUGUAAAAUAGAUUGACCACACUACAUGUAAU